UAACGUGAGUGACACCUGAGGCUCGGGGCAGGAGGAGCUGGAGACCGGGGACGAGACGCGUCUGUGAGCUCAUUUCAACGUUUUCACACAUCGAUCACUGACGUCUUAUGUACUCAUGUGUGGUGAUGCGUGUUGAUGUCCAGGGACGGCGUGCGACCGCGGGGAAGUGAACUCGUCCGCCCUGGACGUUUGACCGCUGUCAGUGUCCUCCUGUUAGCCUUAGCUGCUAGCCUGCUAAUGUUAGUUAGCUAGCUAGCAUUAGCACGUCAGCCUGGUAGAGAGACGUGAACGUGAGUAGAGGACGAGGAACCCUGAGCUGUCAAAUGAUCUCCUGUGGCGACACUCAAAGAAGAAACUGAGAAUGUCUUUGAAUGAAGAGGGUUAUGUGGUUCGGAUCAGAGGAUUACCGUGGACCUGCACGCAGGAGGAGGUUGCCAGUUUCUUCUCUGACUGUGACAUCGUUGGUAAAGUAAACGGAGUGUGCUUUACCUACUCUAAAGAAGGCCGUCCAAGUGGAGAGGCAUUUAUUGAGCUGAAAAUGUCAGAGGAUUUCAAGAAUGCCCUUGCCAAGGAUCGUAAAUACAUGGGACACCGAUACAUAGAGGUGUUCAAGUCAAAUCGUAGUGAAAUGGACUGGGUGCUAAAACGUAGCGGUCCUGCUGACUAUGACAGCUGCAGCGGCUGCAUGCUGCGACUUCGAGGUCUUCCGUUUGGCUGCAGCAAGGAGGAGAUUGUUCAGUUCUUCUCAGGGUUGAGAAUCGUGCCAAAUGGGAUUACUCUGCCAGUGGACUACCAGGGGAGGAGCACAGGGGAAGCCUUCGUGCAGUUUGCCUCAAAGGAGAUAGCAGAAAAGGCUCUGGGGAAACACAAGGAAAGAAUAGGGCACAGGUAUAUAGAGAUUUUUAAGAGCAAUCGCAAUGAGAUCAGAGCCUACUACGAGCUUCCCCGGCGGGCGAUGGGAGCCCAGAGACCGGGGCCCUACGAUAGACCCAUGAUGGGGGGACCCAGGGGAGGGUUUUUUGGGCCCGGGCUUGGCCGUGGUGGGGCUCUGAUGGACACCAUGAGGAGUGGAGGGGGCUAUGGAGGAGGUUACAGUGACUUUGACAACUACAAUGGUUUCAACAACUACUGUUUUGGCAACGGCAUGUUUGAUGAGCGAGUGAGAGGAGAGAGAGUUGGAAGAGGGAUGGGAGGCCACGGUUACGGUGGUCAAGGUGAUGUUUGCUCAAGCUUCCACAGCGGCCAUUUUGUCCACAUGAGGGGUUUACCUUUCCGUGCCACAGAGGGAGACAUCGCUAAAUUCUUCUCUCCUUUGAAUCCACUGAGAGUUCACAUCGAUGUGGCUCCUAAUGGCAAGUCGACUGGAGAAGCAGAUGUGGAGUUUCGCUCCCAUGAAGACGCUGUAGCAGCCAUGUCCAAAGACAAGAACCACAUGCAGCAUCGGUAUAUUGAGCUGUUUCUUAACUCAACAGCCAAUGGAGCAGCUGAAAUGAGUCGUGGCGGUGGUGGUUACUACGGCAACCCGGGAGGGGGCGGAGGCUCACGGAGCAGCGGGCUGAGAUGUUCAUACUGAUGAUGUCAUCCCUAUUUUCAAAUCCAUCUUGACGUUUGUCUCGCGUCUAUUCAGGCCACACUUACUCGAUUCUGAGCAAAAGAGCUGAUCUGAAGUCAGUCACUUGUUGUGUAACAGUCGUUCUUUUUAUGGUGGGGUUGUAUUGAAACUCCACUUCCGAUACAAGAACAGAACAAACCAGAUUUUACCUUAACAAGCACUUAAUUAUUAUUACACCAUUCCUGAAAGCAUAGCCAAAAUAUAAAGAUGUAGGUGCUGAAAAUGUUUGAAGGGUCAUAUAGGAGAUUUCCUGUUAAUCGUAUAUUUUAAAACAAUUGGAUAUUAUAAUAUUGUUUUUCAUGAUUCACAAACAAAGGUACAUUUUCUCUGUUAUUAUCUGCUAUUAUUUUUCUCUAUGAUUUUAUUAAGAAAAAUCUAAUAUUUUCUUCCAGAGUUUUGAAAGACGGAGGCAACUGUAUGAGUUUUAGUUUUUAUGACCCCAAAGGAACACACUUAAAAUUGUCUCGUUUUACAUCUCACUGUUGGCAGGAAAUGUUUUCAGUGAAGAUGAGACAGAACUUUAUUUGACACAGCUGAAUGCUGUGGGAUUUGAUACUGGAGAAAAUAAUCAUUUUGUGGCACUCUGGAGACCGAGAACGGUCACUUUGAAUCUAAUCAGUUGAUGUUAACUCUGCUUUGACUUGUCGUUGGUGUUAAGGUGAAUGAUGCUUUUAAGGAAGGUGGAGCAGUGAGAAGCUAUGACAAAACCUUAAAAGUUUCUGUAGUUGGAAAUUCUGAUUUAAAAAAAAAAAGACUUA